AUGGGUGUAGAGGAAGCGGAAGCCGAAGCGGAGGCGACUGCGUGGGAUGAUGGGAGCGGAAACAUGGUGGCGGAAGUGGUGCCCGCGCUCGCGGUAACGCCGGACGCAUCAUUCAUGCAGGACUACGGGAUGCUGCAGACUGCGAACGCGGCGCCGUUACCAUUCGACGAAGCGCUCGGCGUGGAGGGCGCAGAGCUGCUAGGGCCGGGGCCAGGGCCAGGGCCAGGGCUAGGGACGGGGACGCAGGCGGUGAGCGGGGUGGGUGUGGAGGUGGUACAGCGCGGGUCGGAUUGGAGCACGUCGAAGAGCUGCUCGGGGAAGGAGUGGAGCACGUGGAGCGAGGCGGAGACGUCGCGGGCCGCGAGCAGCGGCGGCAGCGCGGGGGCGGCGAGCGGCACGGCGGUCAAGGCCGAGCUGCGCAAGCAGCGCAACCGGGCCGCGGCCGCGCGGAGCAACGUCAAGCGCAAGGUGCGCAACGAGACGCUGCGACGCGACCUCGCGGCGGCCAGCCGGCGCGCGGCGCAGCUCCGCGCCGUCGAGAAGGUGCUCCGCGAGGAAAACGUGCGCCUCAGAAGCCUCGCCAACCGCCACAAGCUGCGCGUCGGCGCCCACCUCUCCCACAUACAGAUCUCUCGGUCGUAG